UUUUUUCUAAUUUAAAAAAUUUGAAAUUCAAGGCGAGAAAAAAGAGUUCAAAAUUGAAAUUGAAGGUGUAAUGGUUCUCCAAGACUCAAACUACGAGGCACGAAGGGACUUUCCAUAGCCCGUCGAUACCAGCCAGAAUUUCCACUUUCCGUUUAAUCUCUCAGGUUUAGCUCAUUGGCAAAAUCCUACGCUCAAUUCAGUUCAGUUGGUAAAAUUCAAGAAAGAGAGGAAAAUGACGCUUCUAAGUAGAUUCUUUUACAAAAGACCCCCAGAUGGGUUGCUUGAAUUUGUAGAGAGAGUAUAUGUGUUUGAUUCGUGUUUUUCCACCGAGGUCUUGCCUGAGGAAAUGUACCAAAUAUACCUAGAUGAAAUUAUUACUGAGUUACAUGAAGAAUUCCCGGACUCAUCCUUCCUUGCAUUCAAUUUUCGUGAGGGUGAGAAACGUAGCCAGUUUGCUGAGAUACUAUGCGAAUACGAUGUUACAGUUAUGGAUUAUCCGCGGCAGUACGAGGGUUGUCCAAUGCUCCCAUUAUCUCUCAUUCAACAUUUUCUCCGUGUUUGUGAGAGUUGGCUCUUGCUUGACAAGCAACAGAAUGUUAUUCUUCUCCAUUGUGAGAGGGGAGGUUGGCCACUCUUGGCAUUUCUUUUAGCUAGCUUUCUCAUUUUUAGGAAAUUGCAUAGUGGUGAACGAAAGACUCUUGAAAUUGUACAUCGAGAAGCUCCUAAAGGUUUCUUGCAGCUCUUGUCGCCUUUGAAUCCUCUUCCGUCUCAGCUUCGAUACCUUCAGUAUGUGGCAAGAAGAAAUAUAGCUCCAGAGUGGCCACCUCCUGAGAGAGCACUUUCUUUAGACUGUGUCAUUCUUCGAGCCAUUCCAAACUUCGAUACCCAUAAAGGCUGCACUCCAAUUAUCCGUAUUUUUGGUAGGAAUCUGCUUAGUAAGGGUGGGCUUUCGACCCAGAUGAUAUUCUCCAUGCCCAGGAAGAAGACACUUCGGAACUACCGUCAAGAAGACUGUGAUGUCAUCAAAAUUGACAUUCAGUGUUUAGUGCAAGGAGAUGUUGUAUUGGAGUGUGUUCAUGUAGAUUUGGAUCCAGAGAGGGAAGUUAUGAUGUUCCGUAUUAUGUUCAACACUGCAUUUAUUCGUUCCAAUAUACUGAUGCUGAAUUCGGAUAACUUAGACAUUCUAUGGGAUUCAAAGGAACGCUAUCCAAAAGGCUUCCGAGCUGAGGUAUUGUUUGGGGAGUUUGAGAGCAUCUCUCCUCCUAAAGCUCCAACUACAAUUUUAAAUGGCGAGGAGAAAGGUGGAUUGCCCCUUGAAGCUUUUUCGAGGGUUCAAGAACUUUUCAAUGGGGUUGAGUGGGUUGAUAGCAAUGAUGAUGCAGCCUUGUGGUUGCUUAAACAGCUCUCUGUACUAGGUGAUGCAAAAGAAAUUUCAAGGUUGCAAAACAAAGUGAAUUUAUAUUCGUCACCUGCUGACUCUGAAGAAGAAAAUAAUGCAUCUAGCACUGCUGACAGUGCUGAUGAAGCGUUUGAUACUGUUUCCAAGGCUUCAGCAGAUUCAACGAAAGCAUUGAUGCUGGACGCAUUUGAUUCAGUGCCUGUAGCAUUUGAAAAUGAUGGUCCACCAGAAGUGAACCUUGCUUCAGAGUCUGCUGAUCAAGAGUUAAUUGGACCUGUUCUGCACUCUCUUCAUCAACAAUCAUUAGAUACAAGUAAUGGAUCUCCACCUUGUUCAUCCCCGCAAUCAUUGCCACUCCCACCACUAUCAAUUGAACCAUUAUGUCCUGCGCUUCACCCUCCACCACCACCGCCACCACCACCUCCUUCCAUUGGUGCUUGUAGAGAUUCUUUAGACCCCCUACCUUCCAGUACUAGCAGAGGUCCACCAGUACCACCACCUAUUGCUCUACCUCAUUGUGUCUCUGGCAAAGGUCCACUGCUACGUCCUCCCCCACCACCACCACCUCCUCCUAAAUCUAGUCAAGAGUCUUUGCCGCCACCCCCACCUCCACCUCCUCCGUUUUUGGGAAGUGCACCCAACAAGGUACAAUCAAUAGCAGCACCGCCACCGCCACCGCCCCCUCUUCCUGCAACUAACAAGCUACAACCUCCCCCUCCUCCCCCCUCCAGUUCUAGUUCUGGUCGUGGACCACCGCCUCCUCCACCUCCUCCACCCUCCAGUUCUAGUUCUGGUCGUGGACCACCGCCUCCUCCACCUCCUCCACCUCCUCCACCAUCCAGUUCUAGUUCUGGUCGUGGACCACCGCCUCCUCCACCUCCUCCACCUCCUCCACCAUCCAGUUCUAGUUCUGGUCGUGGACCACCGCCUCCUCCACCUCCUCCACCUCCUCCACCAUCCAGUUCUAGUUCUGGUAGUGGACCACCACCUCCUCCACCUCCUCCUCCUAUGAGUGGUAGCCUUGGUAAUAAUACCAGGCCAUCACCCCCACCUCCACCUCCUUCAGGACCGGGAAGGCCAAUCCCGCCACCUCCACCACCAGCACCAAUGCCCCCAAGUGCUCCUCCACCACCCUCAAGUCGUGGUGCAACACCACCUCCUCCACCACCUGGAGCAAAGGGCUCCAAUGCACCACCGCCACCGCCACCAGCCAUUGGAAGGGGCAGAGCUUCUUCUGGGCCGACAAGUCUUGGAAAAGGUCGUGGCACUGGUGCCAUUAAUGCCCCGAAGAAAAAUUCGUUAAAGCCCUUACACUGGGUCAAAGUUACUCGAGCAAUGCAAGGGAGUUUAUGGGCAGAUUCUCAACAACAGGAAAAUCAGUCAAGGGCUCCAGAAAUAGAUAUGACAGAACUUCAAAGUCUGUUUUCAGCAGCCUCUGCUUCAGAUGGGAAUGGCAGUAGGGGUGGAGGUCGACGCGGUUCUACCAUCACCAAACCUGAGAAAGUGCAAUUGGUUGACUUGCGACGAGCAUAUAACUGUGAAAUCAUGCUCUCAAAAGUAAAGAUCCCUUUGCCAGAUAUGAUUAAUGCAGUUCUGGCCCUGGAUUCUUCUGUUCUUGACAUUGACCAGGUUGAGAAUCUCAUUAAAUUUUGUCCUAGUAAAGAAGAAAUGGAAACUUUGAAGAACUAUACAGGCGACAAGGAAAUGCUAGGAAAAUGUGAACAGUUUUUCGUAGAGCUGAUGAAGGUUCCACGAGUAGAAUCCAAGUUGCGAGUAUUUGCUUUCAAAAUUACCUUUUCUAGUCAGGUGAAUGACUUAAGACUUCAUCUGAAUACAAUCAAUGGUGCUGCUAGAGAGGUUAAAGAAUCCGCGAAACUACGACAGAUAAUGCAGACAAUUCUUACUUUGGGAAAUGCCUUGAAUCAAGGCACUGCUCGAGGAUCUGCCGUAGGAUUCAAAUUGGACAGCCUUCUUAAAUUGUCUGACACCCGUGCAAGAAACAACAAAAUGACUUUAAUGCAUUAUUUGUGUAAGCUCAUUGCUGAGAAAAUGCCAGAGUUGCUGGAUUUUAAUAAGGAUCUUGUUCAUUUAGAAGCUGCCUCUAAGAUUCAGUUGAAAGCUUUGGCUGAAGAAAUGCAAGCUGUGAGUAAAGGUCUUGAAAAGGUUGAGCAAGAACUUGCUGCUUCAGAAAAUGAUGGAGCAAUCUCUGCUGGCUUCCAAAAGGUCCUGAAACAUUUUCUUGAUACUGCUGAAGCUGAAGUAAGGUCACUAAUAUCUUUGUACUCUGAAGUGGGAAGAAAUGCAGAUUCUUUGUCUCAAUAUUUUGGGGAAGAUCCAGCUCGGUGUCCUUUUGAACAAGUGACACAGGUCUUGUUCGUUUUCGUCAAGAUGUUCAACAAGUCACGAGAGGAAAAUGAAAGACUCGCUGACGUCGAAAAAAGGAAGCUUGAAAAGGAAGCCAUGAAAGAACGAACUGUAACUAAUUCAUCUGCAAGGAAAGAUGGUGUUAAAUAGAGCAACAUGAAAUAUACACAUGUUUAUGUUUUGGUGGGUAAAAUCAAUAUAUUGCAGAAACAAGCGGUCAAUUUUAGAAUUGACUUUUAGUUCAUGCCCAAAUUCGACCAACAAUUUACACAAGGUUGACAAGUGCAAGUCGAAAUUCUGAUGUGUGCCCAAUUCUUUUAAAGAGGCAGGUUUUUACUUUUUCCGAAGCUACUGAUUAGGUCGAGAUGGCAGCCAGAAGGCAACUUGACCUUUGCUCUCUGAGAAAAAUCCUCGACCCAUGGAUCAAUUGUAUUCAUGCUGUAAAUAUUAUAAGAACAGAUGCUAGCAUUGUAAUCCUUUCCUCGCAUCUCUUGAAACAUUUUCUAGCAUCUUAUUUGAUUUCGUGUUAUGUCUUUUUCUCCCUGUACUAGACAAUCACAAUUUUGUGCCUGCCAAAUUGGUUGAUGUCUGUGAUUACGAGGUUGAUUAUCAA